AUGUCCCCUUCCGCAGACCUGCGCCGGGGCAGUAGGUUGGAGGGAUCGUGUGUGCACGGGGGAGUGCUCCCCGACUGCACCAAGCCGCCUCUCAGUCUGAACAAGAUAUGCGAUCGCAACGCGACCCCCCGCGAACGGGCCACUGCCUUUGUCGAGGCCAUGCAGAUCGAAGAGAAGCUGGCCAACCUUGUCAGUAAAUCACCGGGGGUUCCCCGUCUCGGCUUCCCAGCGUACAACUGGUGGAGUGAGGCCCUCCAUGGCGUGGCCGGCGCCCCGGGUAUCAGAUUUGAUGCGCCCUUCGACUACGCCACCUCGUUUCCGAUGCCGCUUCUUAUGGCGGCUGCAUUCGAUGACGAUCUCAUCGAAAAGAUUGCUGUUAUCAUCGGCAUCGAGGCGAGAGCCUUUGGCAACAACAACCGCUCCGGCAUCGACUACUGGACCCCGGACGUGAACCCCUACCGAGACCCGCGAUGGGGUCGCGGCUCCGAGACGCCGGGCGAGGACGUCCUACGCAUCAAGGGCUACACUAAGCAUCUCCUGCGAGGUCUCGAGGGCACCGGUAAGCAGCGGCGCAUCAUUGCCACGUGCAAACAUUACGCCGGCUACGACAUGGAGGCAUGGGGCGGCGUCACACGCCACGACUUUGACGCGCGCAUCACGCCGCAGGAGCUAGCCGAGUACUACAUGCAGCCAUUCCAGCAGUGCGCGCGCGACUCCAACGUUGGCUCCAUCAUGUGCGCCUACAACAGGGUCAAUGGCGUGCCGGCCUGCGCCAGCGACUACCUGCUCAACACCAUCCUCCGCAAGCACUGGGGCUGGACCGAGAGCAACAACUACAUCACCAGCGACUGCGAGGCCGUGGCCGACGUGGCUCUUAACCACAAGUACUCACCCACUCUGGCGGCGGGCACGGCUGAGUGCUUCAACAAUGGCAUGGACUCCAGCUGCGAGUAUGAGGGCUCCUCAGACAUUCCCGGGGCGUGGAGCAGCGGAGCACUGAACGAGACGACUGUCGACAGGGCGUUAGUCCGUCUUUUUGAGGGUCUUGUGCGGGGCGGCUAUUUUGACGGCAAGCAUGCCGAGUACUACUCGCUGGGUCGGGCUGACGUCGACACGGCGCCGGCCAGGCAGUUGGCGCUCCAGUCUGCAGUGGACGGCAUUGUGAUGCUCAAGAACGACGGCACCCUGCCGCUGCCUCUCGAGUCAGGCUCCAAGGUGGCCAUGGUUGGAUUCUGGGCCAACGACGGUCCCAAGUUGAAGGGUAUCUACAGCGGUCCCUCGCCAUUCCUGCACACCCCCGUCGACGCGGCCAAGGAGGCCGGCUACAACAUCGCUUACGCUCAGGGUCCUAUCCUGCAGGACAAUGCCGCAAAGGACAACUGGAGCGAGAACGCCCUGGCCGCAGCCGAAAAGUCCGACUACAUCCUCUACUUUGGUGGCAUCGACACGACGGCCGUUGCCGAGACGGUUGAUCGCACCUCGAUCGCCUGGCCCGAGGCCCAAGUCACCCUGAUCAAGAAGCUGGCGGGCUUGGGCAAGCCGCUCGUCAUUAUCCAAAUGGGCGAUCAGCUCGACAACUCGGAGCUCCUCAAGCUGGGCAACGUCAACUCAAUUCUCUGGGCAAACUGGCCCGGCCAAGACGGCGGGCCAGCCGUCAUGUCCAUUGUCAACGGCACCAAGUCGCCAGCCGGCCGUCUGCCCGUGACCCAGUACCCAGCCAGCUACACCAAGCAGGUGGCCAUGACCGACAUGAACCUCCGUCCGGACGGCGCCAACAACCCGGGGCGCACAUACAAAUGGUACCCGCACGCGGUGCAACCAUUCGGCUUUGGCCUUCAUUACACCACCUUUGAGCCCACCUUUGCCGACACCGAGGGCAAAGGCAAGGGCAAGGGCAAGGGCAAGGGGAAAGGCAAGGACUCCGACGACAAAGCCAAACCCACAACCCUCAGACUCUCCAUCCAAUCCCUUCUCGCGCAGUGCAAGAACAAGCACAAAGACACGUGCCCAUUACCCCCGAUCACCGUCAGCGUAACCAACACCGGCAAGUCUCACACGUCAGAUUACGUCGCACUGGCGUUUGUCUCUUCCUCAGCCGGUCCAAAGCCGCACCCGAUCAAGAGCCUGGCUGCGUACGGCCGGCUGCGGGACAUUGCGCCGGGGAAGACGGCAACUAAGAACUUGGAGUGGACGCUCGCGAGUCUGGUCAGGCAUGAUAAAAGUGGGAAUGCGGUUCUGUAUGCGGGGAGGUAUGAGCUUUUGUUAGAUACGGACUCGGACAUGGAGCCGGCGAGGGGUAGGGAUAGGAUGGUUGUUGAGUUGGAGGGGAGGGAUGAGGUGCUGGAUUGGUGGCCGCAGCAGCCGGAGUGA